UGUCUCUAAGAUUGUGUACCAACAUAUUUUGGUUCGAAGUGUAAGACAAAGUGUUCCUCUCAAUGCUCUGAAACUAUUUGUGAUUCUAGAACUGGAAAGUGUCUGAACUGCUUACCAGGCUAUACAGGCGAUCUCUGCAACAUAAUUUGUGACUCUAAACAUUAUGGUCAAAACUGUUCAAGGACUUGCAGUCCUUCAUGUAUGGACCAACUGUGUGACCGGCAAGAUGGACACUGUCUGAUGUGUAACAAUACACUUUAUGGCAAGCAAUGUGAUGUAAAAUGUCCCAUUCAUUGUCUAAAUGGGUCCUGCAACGUAUUUACUGGUAAAUGUCUGGCCUGUAAACCUGACUAUGUAGGAGACUUUUGUGACACUACUGAGAAUACCUUGGACCAGAUUGCUGAUGUUGCUGUAGGAGUCUCUGUAGGUGCUGUUGUACUUACUUCCCUAGUUAUUGGUGCUGCUGUUGCUGUUUACAAAAGACGAGUCAAGAAAGAAAAAGUAGAAUCAAAAGUUGCCCGGAAUGAUGUCGCGAAGUCACAGAAUGUAGAACAUUACAACAAAAUGCAAGACGACAAUUAUCAAGACGUUUUCUCUGUGCAAGAUCAAUAUGAGACAAUUUCAAGUGUAGAAGGUCUACAAAUGGAAGCAAAGCAAAGUCAAUUUGAGAUGGUAUCAUUCGAUAAUCAAAUUUACAGUAAUGAAACUUAUGGUAAUGAAACUUAUGGUAAUGAAACUAAUGGUAAUGAAACUUAUGGUAAUGAAACUUAUCAGAAUGUCAGGAUAAAAAGAAUGUGAACAUGCCUGUUUUAGUUUUAAUUGGUAUUAGUAAAUAUCUAAUAUCGGUCUUUUCAAGCAAGUGUCAAGUGUUAAGUUAAUAU